AUGAAACUGUUAUUGAUUAGUGUUGUGUUUAUAACUGCGACUUCCAAAGAAGUAAUCCAAAUUAAAUAUGAUAUGACUGAAAAAGUCAAUUUGGAAAAUGUCAACGAUACGUCACUAAGCGAGGAAAACAGAAAAAUGUCAGAGGUUAAUGCGGAGGAAGCUGUUUUGAAGCCCCAUAUGUUCGUACCCCAAUAUGAGAACAAUGGUACUAGAUUCAAGAUUGUCCAUGAAAGAGCCGAAAAUUAA